AUGAGGAGCAAAGAAGGACUUGCUACUUACCCACAUAGAGCCCCUUUUUCUAUACAUGUUGAUCAAGUGUUUGAAAGCUUUCGUGUGUCCCGACAAGCUCUAAUUGAUGCAGUUAUUAAUGUUGGAUUUGAGUUGAAAUUUGACAAAUCAGCCAAAACACGUGUUACUGCACGUUGUGCAGCUAUUGGAUGCAAAUGGUGUAUACAUGCAUCUAAAAUCCAGCAAAGUGAAGAGUUCAAAGUGAAGACACUAACUGAUUGCCACACAUGUCAAUGGCUAGCUCAUCCUACUCAUCGUCAAGCAGGUAGUAGAUGCGUUGCAAGUGUUGUUAUGCCUCAUUUACGAGAACAUCCUAAAUACAAGGUAAAGAUGAUAGUUUCUUUCAUCAAGCAAAUGUAUAAAGUUGAUAUAAAUUAUAUGGUUGCUUGGAGAGCUAAAGAAAAGUGUAUUUCUGUCAUCCACGGAUCAUGGGAGGAGUCAUAUGCGAUGAUUGAAGACUACAUGGCUCAAACCUUGCUAGCCAAUCCAGGCAGUAUAACAGUUGUAUUGUGUGAUGAGCGUCGAUAUUUUAAGAGGUGUUAUCUAUCAUAUGCAGCUUGCAUCAAAGGGUUCAAUCGGGGAUGUAGGCCCUUGUUAUUUAUUAAUGGGACACAUGCACAGGGAAGAUACAAGGGCAUAAUAUUGAGUGCAACAGCUUUAUAUGGGGAUGAAAAUUUUUUUCCUCUUGCCAUAGCAAUAGUUGAGAAUGAGUCGAAGGACACCUGGGAGUGGUUCUUCAAUUUUCUUGAGCAAUCUGUUAGAGACCAUAUGGCGGUGGAAUUACUCACUAUUAUUUCCGAUUGUAUGAAGAGGUUAUCUGAUUCAGUUGCAACAUACUUCCCUAAUGCAUUUCAUGGUAACUGUGCAUGGCAUUUAUGUCAGAACUUACAGAAGAAGUAUGCUUUUGAUGAAGAAUUGACAAAGUUAGAGGGAAUAAACCAUGCUGCUGCCCAGUGGAUAAAGUCAAAUCACCCUGAAAAUUGGGUUGUAUCCAAGUUCCGUGGACUGACAUAUGGACAUAUUACUUCCAACAUUGUUGAAUCAUUUAAUAGUUGGAUCUAUCAAGCUAGGUUCCUUCGAUUGAUACCAAUGCUUGAGAACAUACGUCUUAAAUUAAUGACGAGAUUCUAUGAUAAUCACAUGAAGUCCUUCCAGCUUACAGGUAAUCUCACUCCUAGUGCUGCAGAAUAUAUGGAGAAGCAAUCAUUUGAGUCAUGCAACCAUAAAGCAUAUCCUGCUAAUGCCAAUUUAUACGAAGUAUAUACAGCAGAAGGAGUUCAAUAUAAGGUGGAUUUACAAAGGCGGAUAUGUUCAUGUCAGGUUUGGCAUAUUGUUGGGUUGCCUUGUAGUCAUGCACUAAUAGCAAUUUAUACGGCUGGUGAAAAUUCUUAUGAUCAUUAUCAGAAGUUCUUCGGUGAGGAAUUUUACCGUCAAACUUAUUUUGAGACUAUUUAUCCAAUAUUGCCAUCUAUUGAAACGGAGUAUAAAAAAAAUGAUGUCCUACCACCACCAGUUCGUCGUAUGCCAGGACGGCCCAAAAGUAAAAGAAGAAAUUAA